AUGUCUACAGGUCAGCAGAUUCAAAAGACAAUCCUGGAUGUCGUGGAUGUUGAUGAUCCAGAUACUAUAGACUGGUCCUAUGGCUACUUGAAAAGAUUACAAUCAGCUACAUCCACAUUAUACAAUGCAUCUUUGAAUAAAGUUAUGUUAAGGCCGAAUGAAGAAGCUGCACGGUGUCACAUCUGUGCUUACAUGGCUUGCCAGAAAUUACAAGAGAAAAAUAUUCCUGAUUUACAAUUUUAUAUGGAUAAUAUUCCAUUAGAACCAAAGAAAAUCAAUCAUCUGCUUGAUGUGUUUAAGCAACAAUUAUAUCAGUUAUCCCCCAUUAAGGGAAUACAAUGGUCUCCAAGUCCCAAGAAGAAAAGUCAAAGAAAUUCACCCUUGAAAAAUAAUGAUAGAUUUAUUGCGACUGAUCCAAAGGUGUUACGUGAACAAUUGUUUGGAACUCCAUCCAAACGGAAGGGUGGAGUUAAAGAAAGUUCAUUACCACCAACGGUACCAAUGUUUGCUGAUGAUCUUGCAGAUGAACCUCCUUCUGAUAGCCCACUAACACCAAGAAGGAAGUUAGCCUUUGAAGAAGACGAUAGUGAUGACGAACGAACUAACGAACUAUCCAAAAGGAGAAAGAUAAAUAACAAAGAGACAGGUGGUUCAAAGGAUAACGUAAAAGGUGAAUCUAUCUUUGGUGGUAAAAAUAUUCCUCAUGAUGAAAAAAUAGUUGAUGAUAGCGACAGUGACGAUAACUAUAAUCCUGCCAAUGAAAACUCACAGGAUGCUGCAAAUGAUUCUGACCUUGAUACUGAUAAGGACAACUUAGAGGACGUAAUAUCAGAUAAUAAAACGUCACCGAAGAUACCAUUACCAACGAAAAUUCCACGUUCUGGUGGAACAAAAUUGAAUAAAACACACUAUUCUUUCGAUAAGGCAAAUUUAUUGACGAAACGCUUUGGUAAACCAACAUUGGAUGAAGUUAUCCAAUUAUGCAACCAAUUUGAAUUACCUAAAGCGAUUGCAUUACACGUGUUAGAUUCAUUCCUAAUAAAUGCCAAUUAUUUAAUGUGUCCUUGGCAAUUUCUAUGCGGGCUAGUCAUGAAUUGUGUGUAUGUAAUAUUUCAUGAAAGAAGAAGUAAGGAUCCCAGAGUAGAUCAUUUAAUUAUGGAGAAAAUGUUGUAUUCGAUGCAUUGUUCAGGAGUCGAAGAAGUAGUUGAAUGUAUCAAGAUUGUGAGGGAAGUAGUGACUGGUGAAAAAUGGUUUAGAGAUAUGCAGAUUAAUAAUAACUACUUCGAUGGACAAGAUUAUGAAGAAGUUAUUAUUGGGAAAUUGGGUUCAAUGUUGCAAAAAAAAAAUUAUUUAGUUACAGAUGAUCAGUUCGCUAUUUGGAGACGAAGAAUUGAACAAGACUUAUCCAUGAGAUCAACGAGAUGA